UUUAACAGCUCUUAGCAACGCCCCUGCUUUGACCCUCCUCAUCUGUGAGGAAAAUCAAAUCAAUACACCCUUCUUCAAAUCACGAUGCUUCCACAGCAGCAGUGCCAGGAGCAGCAGAGCCUUAGAGCAGCCUUCGUCUUAUCUUAAUUCUUACCAACAUUGCUCGCUUCGAUGGUCCCCACAUCGCCGGACCUUGCUCAUUGCUGAGAAAACCUUCACCUGCAUCACUGAAAGGAUUGCUUAAGUUUUCCUAGAUGGCCAACAGAGGACCGAGUUAUGGCUUGAGCCGAGAAGUCCAGGAGAAGAUUGAACAGAAAUAUGACCCAGAACUGGAGAGUCGGCUGGUGGAUUGGAUUAUUAUACAGUGUGGUGAAAAUACAGAGCAACCCCCUCCUGGAAGACAAAAUUUUCAGAAAUGGUUAAUGGAUGGAACACUGCUGUGCAAGUUAAUAAACAGUUUACAUCCCAAGGGGAAAGAACCCAUUCCAAAGAUCACUGAAUCAAAGAUGGCUUUCAAGCAAAUGGAGCAAAUUUCUCAGUUUUUGAAAGCUGCAGAAAUCUAUGGAGUAAGAACAACAGAUAUUUUCCAGACAGUGGAUUUAUGGGAAGGGAAGGAUAUGGCUGCUGUACAAAGAACUUUACUGGCUUUGGGCAGUGAAGCUGUCACUAGGGAUGAUGGAUGUUACAGAGGAGAUCCAUCCUUGUUUCACAGGAAAGCACAGAAGAACCGGCGAGGGUUUUCAGAAGAGCAACUUCGCCAAGGACAGAAUGUCAUUGGCCUCCAAAUGGGAAGCAACAAAGGAGCAUCCCAGUCAGGGAUGACGGGAUACGGCAUGCCAAGACAGAUCAUAUAGGUCAAUUUCCACCACACACACACACUCAAACACACACACACACACACACACACACUGCAGCAUGGCCUGGCUGGAAAAAACAUAGCUAGUUACCGCUCAUACUAAAAUCUGCUUCUAAGUUUUCCAUUUUUACAUUUUUGGAUCCCCCCCACCUUUCAACCUAAACUGUGGAUCUGUGUGCUUGUUGCGUGCCAAUUCACACAGCACACUGGUGCCACAUGAUGUUCAUUUUUGAACUAUGCAAAGACUCAGUUUUUCUGUAUUUAUUUGCGAUUUGUUACCUUCUGUACUUGUGUCUUAUUGAACUUGCUCUUGCACCUCAAUUAUCUUGUUCUUCACUCCACUUAUGAUAUACUUUCUUCUAAAAAUAAAGUCAAGUUGUAAACAAAAA